AUGGGUACAAUGGACCAUAUGAUUAUUGAUAACAAAGAUCUCGCUAAUAAAUACUUUUCGAAUAGCACAUUCGAUGAAUUUAGCGAUGAAUUUCGAUAUGAAAAACGUGGGCAAAAGAGUAAUAAUAAUAGCAACAAUAAUUAUUUAACGGUAAACAAAGAUGAUGGAUCAUAUGCACAAAAUGGACGACGGGUUUACCUUGAAUCACCUUCGUUAGCAAAAGAAGAAGAAGAUAUGUAUAGAUAUGUACCAAGUAGAUUAAGUGAAGUGCCUCCUGCCACUGAAACGGGAGAAAAUCUAAUUGAUUCACUGGAUUUUGAAUUAGAUCUAAUGGGUGCAAACAAUAAUGUUCAAAUUCCAAUGCAAUAUCGAACGAAAACUCAAGUACCUAAACAGCCCGAUCUACUUACACAAUUUCCAAGUACUUUAACACGAUCUCCAACUUCGAGAAGACCUAAUCCUCGACAAGAUCCUUUACUUGGACCGUUACUAGCUGAACUUGAUGCACUCUCCUCACAACAACAAUCAAUUUACAAAAAUCCACAAGUUUAUGAAAAUUCACUUAAUAAUGGAUUUCAAUCAACUUUUUCGACAACUCAAACACGUGGUGUUCAUCCGACAAGAAACGCUACAGAUGGUGUAGUUGAACAAGAAUUAUACGAUUCAUUAGAUCAAAAUCAUCAACACUAUCCAAAAUCGACACCAUUUCCUGCACCAAAUCUAAAUUCGAAACCAGUCAAUAUCGAUAAUUUAGCUCGUCAGGAACCACCACCACCACCACCACAACAACAACAGCGAAUACCUUAUUUGGACAAUAAUAAUUACGUCUAUCAACCACAACAGAAUUUUUCUUCAAACAUGAACGGCACUGAUAUCUUUAUGCCGUCAUCAUUUUCAACAUCAUCAAAUUAUAACUCGGAUCCAUUUUUAAGUAAUUUUGGAACAACAGUUAAUUUUGGCAAUAUUGGCGGUGUUAGCACUGAUGAUCAACGAUCCACUCGAAAUCAAAUUGGACAAAACCACAUGACUCGCCGGCCACCACAACAAGAUCCAUCAUUAUUUGAUCAAAAUCCACAUGAAAGAAUGUCUUCACCAAAUUUUACGAAUUCGAAUGAACCAAGAAGACAUCACAAUGGGAUGCUUCCAAAUAUCAAUGUGUUACCCCAGCAGCAACAACAACAUGAUCCCAGAAUGGCUUAUAGACAACCCACAAAUGAGAAUGUUGAUCCAUUUUCUGAAUAUCAUGAGAUGUUUACUGAAAAACAAAGUAUGGGAUACACCCAGCCACCACCACGAAUACCGCUCAAUCAACAGCAGCCACUAGGACCGAUUGAACGGAAUAAUCCACCAGUUAAUCAAAUUCAUUCUAGACACCACCAGCAGCAGCAGCCGCGGCCACCAAAUUCGAAUGAUAUGUUUUUUACUGAUAGCAACGGCGGUGAUGAUCAAGAUUUUAUGAACAAUACACAUCCUCCUCCACAACAACAACAUCAACAGCAGCAACAACAGCAACAUCAACAGCAGCAACAUCAACAGCAGCAACAACAACAACAUCAACAGCAGCAACACCAACAACAUCAACAACAGCAACGUUAUUCAAAUGAACCGGUAACAGCACGAACACAAGAUAACACACAAAAUGAUCAACAAAGACAAGCAAUAUGGGAUGAGUUACAAAAAACAAAUCAAAAAGUUCAAGAAAAAAAUGCCAAAAAACGUGAAUCAGCGAAUAAACGAAAUGAAUUUCGAAAAGGAUAUUCGAAUGUUGGUGGCAGUGGUGUUCGACAAGCACCAUCAUACAAUAGUCAACAAUCAUCGGCACAAUCGAAAACAUCACCAACAAACAAUUACAUUGAACAAAAUAUUGAUAUGAUUAAAAAUAAAGAAAAUUUUUUUUAUCGUUAUCCAGCCAAAAAAUAUGAAAAUUUGUAUUCAAAACGAAAAGAUUUGGCGGGCAUCGGUGAUAAUGAGCAAUUAUCAAAUAGAAAUCGCUUAGCAUCUGAUCCACCCCAUCAUAAAAAUCAAACAAAUGGUGAAAAUAGAAAUGCUGUAGCAACGUAUAAUAAUUCGCAACAUCGUCCUAGUUUGCCAAUAACAAUCAAUUUGAAUCCGAAUGAUAAUCCAAACAAUAAGAUGCAAAGUGGUAAAUUACCGGCCUCUGUAACAAUACCAUUAGAUAGCAGUGUAAAACGUGAUGGUGAUCAUAUCAGUGUUAAUAUUGAUUUACGAUUAGUUGAUUUACAAAAUUUAAAACAAAGUACUGACCAACAACAAUAUUCUCAAAAGCCAGAUUGGUCUGGUUUAGACCCAUUAGAUCGUCAUAUUCGAAAGUUGGAAGAAAGUAUUGACAAGUCUCUUCCAGCUACAAAUCCUUCGCUUAAUAGAAGUUCAACUAUCCCAGGAACAAGUGGCAAUUUUGCUAGCCGUUCAAUGAAAAACAAUGAUUUUUCAUACUCAAAACACAAUGGUGGUUAUAGUCCACCGAACGGAUAUUAUAACUAUAGUGACAAAGGAAAGGAAGAAGAUAGUUAUUUAGCUAAAAUGCAACAUUUACACAAAAAAAAUGGUUUUAAAGCGUAUACUGUACGAGAUUAUCAACAAUUCAAGAAAAAUUUUGGCUUUGGUUCAGGUUAUCUGGGCUUCGAUUUUGAUAAUUCAUCGUAUAAAGAAAAGAGUGAUAAAAUGAAUAAAACUAAAGAGUAUGCUCAACAAAUUGAGGAACGUAAUAAAAAAAAAUUAGCCGAUGCUCCACGACGAACAUUAUCUGAUACACGAUCACCAACUGAAGCAUCAAAAACUCAAAGAGCAUUAGCUUAUGCUCGUUUGGCUACACGACAUGUUAAACCUGCUAACUCUGGUAUAUCAACACAUUCAUCACCAUCGCCCGUGACUGUAUCGGACGAGAGACGUCGACCAACAGACAUUCCAUUACCACCAAAAAAAGUAAAACAAUUUAGAUUUACACAACAAGAAACAAAUGAUGAUGAUCAAUUCAUUGAACGUUUAGCAUUAAGACAUGAUCAAGAAAAACAAAAAGUACAAGGUAUUUUAAAUUCAAAUAAAAAUACAAAACGUGUAUUCUUAAAUGAUGAUAUUAAUAAUGAUAUUGAAAGACUUGCUCAAGAUCGAGCUGAACAACGUCGUUCACCCCAACGACAUCCUCCUCAACAACAACAACAAAUACCAACAAAUCGAAAACCUGUUCGAUUAGAUAAACCAUUGCUAUUAGAUUCGAAUAAUCCUCGUUAUGUGGAUUCAUCGCAGCAACAAAUAAGAAUUCACAAUAAUUAUGAUGAUGAUAUUGACCAAUUAGCUGUACGACAUAAUGAUGAAAAAGUGUUAAUGGACGCAAUUAGACAAGAAUUAAGUGAACGACCGUUGGAUGAAAAUGAAGAGUUAAUUAUUGUCGAGCAGUAA